AUUAUCUUGUCAUUUCCAACUUAUUACUUUUCAGUACCUCUUCAUUUAACUCUCAUACUCCGCACAAGUCAAUCACCAAAAAAUGUGCACGGGAAGUAGACAUGUAUGAAAAAAGGUCCCUGGGGCUCAAGUGGUACAUGUUCAACUGUAGCUAUGUGAAAGCAAAACGUGAACAAGUUCACUGUAUGUCAGCGUUUUUGGAAUUGUUGAACAGUAAUUGUCCUUCUUUUCUGCUUCUUCUGUGGCUCUCAGGUCUGAAAUAUAACAGGAGAGUCUGUUGCAGUCAUUGUUGAAAUAAAAAAUGCCACCAAUCCAUCUGGAAAAGAAAUUGAUUGGAUCUUGACUUUAAAAGCUCCUGAGAACUGUUAUCAAGUGCAAAUGCAUUUGCUUUAUUGCGCUGACAUUUGACUACAGCAAUUUCUAUUACAAGCUCUUUGGUAGGAGAGCCACAGCACUUUCCUGCUCCUUUGCAAGAACUCCCAUUUGCAGGCUCAGUGUUUUCAGUGAGGGAGGCUGUCUGUGCUAUCCACAACAGAGAACAGGAAGGUUUUGUAGUGGUUACCCACAUAAGCACGUUGGUGAUCUGUAGAGGUACCUGCUUUCAUCCGGUUUCUGUCCCACACAGGUAUUUUUGACAAAAUUAGUUGUUUUUUUGGCACCAAGUAAUAAACAAUCACAGUCUGUCAUUGUUUUCACUCACAGCAAAAAUCACUGCGCUCUUCUCUCUCGCUUUCUUUCUCUCGCUCCCCCCCCUUCCCUUUUGUCCUCUCUUCACAGCAAGCCUGGCUCUUUGCAUCCUGCGCUCCAGGCUCAUUAACCAAAUACUCAUUAAUUUAUGUGGUGCAAUUAGUAUCACUGAUUACAGCAUCAGGUUGGGGUUGUAUAGAGGGCUGUAGAUGGGGAACAGAUUUAUCUUAGCAGACUAUCUGCACAUGAGCAUAGCCAGUGAUUUCAUCGUGAUCACACUGGUGCACUCCAUGAUGAUGCUUUUGACUUGGCACAGACAUAUUGCUGCUGCCGCUGCUGCUAACAGCCAACUGAACAUCUGUUGUUUUUUGCGUGUGAGAAGUAUCACAUACACAAUGAAAUAUACAUUAUUAUCCACCCCGUGGUCUGUGUUUACUGACUUCAAUCCAAACUAGACACUAUCAUGCACAUAUACUUUCCCGGAAAAACUCUGAGAGGAGCUGGUUCAUAAAUUUGUGUAACAAGGUCCAAUUAAGUGUAAUUCAGCUUUAAUUUCACCGUGUGACACAGCGAGACGUAAAGACAGAUACCUCCUCCCACCUCUGUGCCUCACUGCCUGCAGCAUCAGCAGCAGCAGCAGGAAUUCCCCUGUCACCUUAUACACAUGCGAGCGUUCCUCGCUGUUUUACAAAGAUCGGUUAGAAUGUUCAAACUUGUUCAAACUAUUCUCUCGCUCGUCUUUCUCAGUUUUCUUUCCGCGCUGUAGCAUUCACGGAUGAAUAAUGGAGCAGUUAAAAAAUUUAAGAGGGAGAACAGGUGUAAGAGUACCUCAUGGAGUUAUGGGAUAUGAUCUGUUUCAAGGCUGCCAGGUGUUCUGUAUCUUAACCAGUUGUAUUAGAGGACGACUGUGGCCAACAAAGGGGGGGGGGGCGUUCCCGUGGCAUUAAAUGUUACGCUGUACAGAGCCGUCAGGAUUUCAAGGCUGAGGUCAGAGAAGACACAGUUAAGCCUGAGCACUUAUGCUUGUAUUAAAGUAUUACACAAAGCCUGCAAAACAGCUGGUGAACAUAAACUACUCUCUGUUAUGAAAAAGUGUCUUCAAUUCAUUUUCCUGUUCUUGUUGUAAUAGGGUUGAAAAGCUUUUGUGAUUCCAAUCACUCGACAGUGUUUUCACCUGAGGAAGGGAGGGGAGAGGACAGAUCAUUGUUUAAAAUCACAUAUUAUCUCUCUCUGCUUUGGAGAAUACCAUCGUCUGAUUGGUCAGAGGCAGAUUAACAGUCAUUCAACAGUUGCAUGCAUGAGAGUCAGGGAGGAGGUAAUACUUACUCCUCACUCUCAGCUCACUUUCUCUGUUCAUUGGAAGAAGGCGUGCUGUCAGCUGCGAUAAGCUGUGAAGUAUGUCAACAGCCAGCUGGUGGGCAUAGACUGACUGGGGCUCAGGCUGGCUUUUUAGAGAGCAGCUAGCACAGACGGAGCAGAGCACAAAGACGCAGAUUUUUCAGGCUGGCUUGGUGAACCUGCACACUUGCUUUUUGUUUGUUUGUUUUUUUGUUUUCUCUGGCGCCAGUCAGCAGAGUGCGAGAGGAAAUAUGUUUGAGUGAAUCUUGACACUGGAUGUCAGGUCCCUCUGCUGAUUGGGUGUUUAUGUGCAGUAGCUCGUCUUUCAAAUGAGCACCCUGUGGGCGGAGCUAGCGAUGGGAACUACUACAUUACUGGAAUGUUUUGCUUGCUCUCGGCGAGUACGUUGGCUACCACGCCCUCUUCGCCUUGUGAGACCUUUUCAGCCAAUCCGCUGUUACCCUGAGACUGCGCCACCUCACUGCCAAUUCCCUCGCAUCAAUGGUCACUCGAAAUCAGAGCGCACUGCAAGGGACUCGGCCAUGGGUUACGACAGUGCCUCAGUAAUGAGCAGUGAGCUGGAGUCCAGCUCAUUUGUCGACAGUGAGGAAGAUGAGGAUGCUAGCAGGCUCAGUAGUUCCACAGAACAGAGUUCAUCUUCACAGCUGAUGCGCAGACACAAACGGCGCAGACGGAGGCACAAAGUGGCAAAGAUCGACCGGUCGUCAUCUUUCAGCAGUAUCACAGACUCCACGAUGAGCCUAAAUAUUAUCACAGUCACGCUAAACAUGGAAAAAUACAACUUCCUUGGUAUCAGUAUUGUCGGUCAGAGUAAUGACCGGGGGGACGGCGGUAUUUACAUCGGCUCUAUCAUGAAGGGAGGAGCUGUAGCUGCUGAUGGCAGAAUAGAACCUGGAGACAUGCUACUACAGGUGAAUGACGUCAACUUUGAGAACAUGAGCAAUGAUGACGCUGUGAGGAUCCUAAGAGAGAUUGUUUCCAAAACUGGUCCCAUUAGUCUUACUGUUGCCAAAUGUUGGGACCCAUCUCCCCGAAGCUACUUCACCAUCCCUCGUGCUGAGCCAGUGAGACCCAUUGAUCCUGCGGCCUGGAUUUCACACACCACAGCCCUAACGGCGCCUUACCCUCACUAUGAGUUUGAUGACUUGCCUCUGUCUGUAAGUAAAACAGAUAUGGCAACUAUUGUCAAAGUCAUGCAGUUACCUGAUUCUGGCCUAGAGAUUCGAGACAGGAUGUGGUUGAAGAUCACCAUUUCAAAUGCUGUUAUAGGUGCUGAUGUAGUGGACUGGCUGUACUCCAGAGUGGAAGGAUUCAAGGAUAGGCGUGAUGCGAGGAAGUACGCGAGCAGUCUGUUGAAGCAUGGUUACUUGAGACACACUGUCAAUAAGAUCACCUUCUCUGAACAGUGCUACUAUACCUUUGGGGACCUCUGCCAAAACAUGGCCUCACUCAAUUUGAAUGAAGGAUCCAGCGGUGGAGGUUCUGAGCAGGACACUUUGGCACCACUACCUCCCACUAGCAACCCCUGGCCUCUGGGCGGGCAGCCAUUCCCCUACCCUCCUUUCCCCACUGCACCCCCGAGCUUUCCGCCAGGAUACUCAGACCCAUGCCACAGUUUCCACAGUGGGAGCGCAGGCAGCCAACAUAGCGAGGGAAGCCGAAGCAGUGGAUCCAACCCCAGCGCAGGCAAAGGUAGACGCUCGUCCCCACAGGAAAAGGGUCAAAGGUCAACAUGCAGUGAAUCAGAGCCAGGAAUCCGCGGAGGGCGGCGUGGCGACAGAUCUGCCAGUCAAAUGAGCCAUCACAGCCACGCCAUCUCUAGCCAAAGUCACGCAAGGUCAAGUCUCAGCCACAGUCAUUCACACAGGAGCCACCCUGUCUCACAGAACAACCACCCCCCGUUCACCUACAGCCACGCCGCCUUUACUCAGCCAGGUCCAGGCUCCUGUGCCCAGAGCGAGCGAAGCCAUGCCUCUUCCUACGGCCCCCCAGGCUUGCCUCCCCCUUAUUGUCUGGCCCGUCUGGCCCCCAAGACCUCAUUCAACAGUAGCACGCCCCCUGGAGCCCCACCUGGGAGAGAGUUAGCAGCCGUUCCUCCUGAGCUCACCGCCAGUCGCCAGUCCUUCCAGCAUGCUAUGGGCAAUCCCUGUGAGUUCUUUGUUGACAUCAUGUGACAGAACAGUGCCUUUUAAACUCAGUGAGCACAAAACAGUUCUCCCUGAUCCCUUUCAACCCUGUUCUCCUUUUUCCUCUCAGUCUUUUGACCAUCUCUAAACUUCAGAAUGUAGACACUGACUGGCCCUCUCCACAGCCCCCUGCUGUCUGUCUGUCCCUCUGAUGUCCAAGCAAAGGAAUACAGGCAGCAAGAGCACAACAGGAGGAGUCCUCUCGCACACAAGCAGGGGUCCUCUGGCUGAAAACCCUCUUUUGUAUUGACGUGACGUGUACAGUUUGUGAAACGUGAGUGGUAUUCAGUGUACUGAUUUCUGUAAAGAUGCCAUGCAGACAUUUUUGGGAGUGUGUACUCUACCUAGGAUAUUUUCUGUUCUGCGCCUUUAAGCUGGCUGGGCCUGGAUCUCAAUCCCCCAGACCCAGGCCAAUAACUAUGGCCUAGGAAGCUUUUUCUGGGCAUAAAACUCGGACUGGAACACCUAACUCAUAUGUGUGUAUAAUGCUACAGUUUAGGACAUUACACCAAACCUCUGGCCCCACUCCCCUUAUGUCGAGGCGCUGCCACUGGCGUAUUUAAGCUCUUACCCGCCAACUACUAAUAACGCUAACCUUGAUCAGUUCACAAUCCGAGGAUUUCCUUAGCUUCAUAAGGGAGACCCUGUAGCCAGCCUUUAGUUUGACUAGGCUGCAUAUUGCAUGACUGUCUCAGCUGCUUUAAAGAAAACGUAUUCAUUCAUUUUGUUUAAAGUAUUACCGUUAUUGGGGGGAGGAGGUUACCUCUUUCCAAUGUUCUAAAGGAAGAAUCCAUACACUGGAAAAUUUUCGUGAUGUUAUUUAUGUGAUCAUUUUGCAUUGAUGGUGUCAUACUUUGUCUACUACGAAUGACUGACCGACAAUCAGGCAUCACUCUUUAUGAAACAGUGGCCAUUUCUCAAUGUCCUAGGUGUGCUUUGUCGAAUGUAUCAUUGUUUCUGUCAGCGAUUAAACCCUGACACCCAUAACACUUAGUUUAAACAUGUUUAAAGAUCAGCAGGAUUGCAAACUUUGGACACUCACCACAGCAAACUGUGAAAGCAAACUCAAAAAGGUUGAUUAGAUAAAGUAGUUUGACAAAAGCAUCAGGCUUGUCUCCUUCAGUUGUGGACUUUGUUGAAAAGUCAGUGUGUUAAAAGCCAAAGACUCACAUUGUUGUGUGGACAUGGCUCUUCAUA